AUGAUAAAAAUUGACAGAGUACUAGAAAUCAACGUGCGCGAUUUGGCGCGCGACUUGAACGUUUUUUACAAGAAAAGUAAAGCCAUUCGGAACAUAGGACGAACGGAAAACGCUCGAAACAGACGUUGCUCAGAUAGAAGGACGGUGUCCAAGUGUGGAGAUACAGUCACCAUUUCUUUGGAAAGGCACAUUUUCAUUUGCAUGCGGAGAAGCGACACCUGGAGGGUGUUCCGGCACAACAGCUCCCACAAAAUCGACAAAUGCGUGUGCAUCGGUGACUCAGACGUUCUCCUAUUGCAGAGGGGCAACCACCUUUCCGCACACACGUUCGAACGGAUAGACAAAAAUAAACAGUUAAACGAAAUAAAGCUGUUGAGGAGACAGGACCUCUCAUCGAAUGCCCUUUUCUUCUGCGUGCACGGGGGUUCCAUUUACAUUGUGGAUCGAAGUGGGGCACUAUGGCAAACGGAAGUCCAAGACUGCCUGAGUGCGGGCACCUCCCCAAAGCAGGUCGAACACUUUCAUUUCCAAAAAGGCAACCAAGUGUACUAUUUUAGGGUGAAAAAUGGGGACACCCUAAUUAUUGCCUACUGUGAGGACGAGCGGGGGAAGGAGGUCCUCACAAUUAUUUACAACUUUGCGAGUAAGAAGCUGCAGCAAAUUCGUCUGAGUGUCUCCCCUGAAGUUAACCUGGAGGAGAAAGAAAAAACUAUUGACUGCCUCGAUUUGAACGACAACUACAUUGUGGUGCUGUUUAGCACCAACGAGCUGGCCGUUUUCCGAAAGGGGGGGAAGACCAGCAAGUGCAAGUUUUUUAAAUACCUUGACAGAAACGGGGCAAGCAACCUGAAGUACUUUAAAAGUAGAAGCUUGCGCGAGGUGGAGGAGUGCACAUCUAACGGAGGAUCUAACGGAGGAUCUAACGGAGGAUCUAACGGAGGAUCUAACCGAGGAUCUAACCGCGCUUCUAACUGCCCCGACGGGGUGAACAGGAUUUCCUCCCUGCAAAUGUGCGAGGACAACACCCUGCUGCUCACGUACAGCGAGCUCUUCCUCCCCGGCGCAGAGGACAGUGGCAGCAGUCACAAGUACCCCUCCCUCGUGAAGAGCGCCACGAACACGUUAAGUCUCUAUUGCGAUGAGAUAGAGAAGAUGUUUUUCUUGCGCUUUCUUUGCCAAGACAAGUUUAGCAACAACUCCCUCCUGCACGACAUCAAUGAGCAGUUGAUUAGAAGCCACAACAUGCACAUGUGCUUUGUGAAUUUACAGGGGGUGCGUACGCACACGGAGAGCAUCAACUUGGAUGAUGAGAUUUUCGCCCUGUAUGGGGAUGCAAUUCAAAUUUUGAGCAGUCGACUGUCCGGGAUGGGGGACUUGGCAGGUGCGGGAAGUUCAGCUAACUCGCUAAGCGGUGAAGGAGCCAAACGAAGGAGGGAAGAGCUCCUUAACCUGAGGGCGUAUCUAGACGUGCACGACAUAAGCCAAAAUAAAAGAAAAAUAUUUUUCAACGGAUUAAGUGAAGACCCCUCCGAAAAGGGCUUCCUCAGCAUGGACUUCCUAAAAGACAUGGCAAAAAAUAAAAGUCCAUCUGAUGGUGUGCAACCGUGUAGCAACCUAUACCUUUGCAGCAGCGAUGACUACUAUGUACUGCUGGAAAAUGCAGAAGACGAUUUUAAUUUAAUUUUAUAUAAAAUAAAAUUUCUGAACAUGUCAGUAUUUUUAAUUCAUUUAUUUUUUUACAACUACCACGAUGGUGUGUUGGCAGCUGAGCGGAAUGGCAUGACGUCCCUGCAUCAACUAUUUGUUUACUCUGUAUAUGACUACGGGGGGAGGUACUUCGAGGCCCCCCUGAGCGAUUUCCAGUGCCUCUUCCAAAUUAAAAACCUGUUCGACUUCCUGGAGAGAGCCGUGACGUACGACCCCUUCCUCUUCAGAGAGGAGGACGACCCGAACGUAAUCGAAUUGCUCAACUUGAAAAACAGCGGAAUUGGCCAGUACAGAUAUGUCCCCACGAAUUUAAACCGAAGCGAGCAAAAUAAUAACUACCACAACAUGUUUUAUCUUCUGAACAAGUCAGGCGAUAAUGAGGUCACGUCCAAAUAUGUGAAUAACUACUAUAAGGUGAAAAGGGUAAGCUGUGCGAACGUGAUGCAGCCUAUCGACAUAAACGUGCAGAUGCUCAAGUUGAAAACUGUGCUGUGCGUCUCCCUGCGAGUUGUCCUGCACCUGUUGGGCGAGGCGCAGUCGGCUGCCGAUGGGAUGCUCUCCUCCGAUGAGGAGUGCGACGCCGAGGAGGGGCCCGACACCGAUGAUGGGAACAACACUGGUGAGGGGUACCACACGGAUGAAGAGAUCCACUUCCUCACCAGGCUGAUAAAAAAUAAGGCAAAAAAGCACCGAAGGAAGAGACCCAAGUGGGCCCGCAAAGACGGACAAGCCUCUUUGCACAUGGGCGGCCACGCAGCAGAACCGCCGAACGGGGGACAUCUCGACGAUGAAAGCAGCGGAAUUGGAAGCGGCCAUAGUGAGGAGGAGCAGAACCGAAUCAACGAGAUAUGGGGGCUCUCGAUCGACCAGGCGGAGCUAAGCGGAGUUGAGAGCAGCAGUGUUGGUGGCAGCCGCAGCAGCGUUGGUGGCAGCCGCAGCAGCGUUGGUGGCAGCCGAAGCAGCGUUGGUGGCAGCCGAAGCAGCGUUGAUGGCAGCCGAAGCAGCGUUGAUGGCAGCCGAAGCAGCGUUGAUGACAGCUCCUCUUCGUCGAACGCACUCAAAAGACGAAACGAUGACGCGAAGCGGAGAGUUCCCCACGGGGUGUUCCUCCACGACGUAGACUACAACUCGUUCAGCGAGAGCCGCGCAUCCGUAGAGAAAAACGAAAUUGUGAAAAACAAAUUGAAGCUCUACAGAAGGGAGAUACUGCGGCAGAUUUAUAAGUACAAAAUGUACAGCUACAUCAUGAAGCUUCUAGAGAGGGAGAGGCGGAGGGGAAGGAACGAUUCGGGGUUUUGCACCCCAGGGGGGGAAGACACAACCCUCGAUUUAAUCUCCGAUAAGCCCCCAAUCGAUAGUAAUAAAAACAAACUGACCGACCUUUUCAACAUCUUCAAGAAAAACGUAAACGAUUCUACAAAGGUGGGGGAAAAAGACAGCCUGAACAGAACCGCCAACAGCGACGGGUUCAUUCCAAGCAGCGCAGAUGUAAAAGCGUCCAACAUCUACGUCAUCAGCUGGACCAAAUUUAAGUACUAUUACACCCCUUUUGACAUUGUAAAAUAUUUUAUAAUAAACCAGAAUUAUGUGUUAGUAAAAAUUUUUUUUAAAUAUUUUCGCUUUUUUGUUAACCACAAUUGGGAGAGGAUAUUUGCUUACAUUCCGGUGAACACCAAAGUUGAGGAUUUUUUUUUUCUGCUCCCGGGGGUUAAGGCAGUGGGGGGUAGUAGCCACCCUGUUGGGGGUGCUUUACCGGGGGAAGGCCCCCACGGUGCAUAUGCACAUGAUGGAGCGUCUACCCCGAUUGGCGAUAUACGUGUUGAUGGGGGGACCACCUUCCAUUCUCCCCAUUUUGUAAAAACGGGCGAAACGGAUGAGGAAGAAGAAUAUGCCAAGUGGACUCGAGAAAAUGACCCCCCCAAGGGAUUUUCCAACCAUUAUGAAGUACACUCUGAUGGUGAUGCCUUUUUGGCGUUCUUCUUCAGUAGGUGCAUUGCCAUAAUGAAGAGGACCCGGUUGGUGAAGAGCCGCCUCCUCUCAUUCGUCUACGUUUGUCUGAAACAAAUAAAUGGUGAUAACAUUUACGACCUUUUUAAGUACGACCCUGUUUUGAAGAGACCCACUUUUGACGAAUCGUACUUUUGCGAGUCUCCCCAUGUGGGAGCCGUGUUAAGGGAGGGCGAAGAAAAAAGGAGCGAUGUUACUCCAGAUGGGAAUCCCCACAGUGGAGCAGCUCCACGGGGGGAAGAACUCAGGUUGGACAGCCAAAUCGGAGGGAAGGCCCCCAAUUUUGGGGACCCCCUUUGGGUAAAAAAAAAUCUAAAAAUACAAAUAAAAAGGGACAACAUUCCGAAGAAAAACGUGCUCCUCAUAUACAGCUUCUUCACCCUCAUCAAGCUUUACGUGCUCUGCAAAGAGAAUCACAAAAAUGUAAAGUUCGAAGAUUUUGUAAUCAUGGAUGUGUACACUCGGUUGUGUCUGAUCCUGGAGUUUGACAUAAAGCACAUGUCUUUAGAACUCGACCAGGAUGGCUACAUAAAAAUGUUUUACGAAAAAUUGGAGGAAAUUCUGAGCAACUACCACUUGAUCGAUGAGCACAUCGCAUCUGCAGGAGGAGGGAAGUGCGAGCUUUUCACACAGGAGGUUGUCAAUUUGGUCUACAAGAAAGGGGAAAACGUUUUGGAGGGCAUCCACUUCAACCUGCUAUACACCUCGCAGCAAAUUUUUGUGCUGUUUUGCUUCAAGACGUUGAGGCUGCUGCAGGGGAGGAAUGGCCACCCCGGUGGUGAUCGAGAGGGAAAGGGAACGGGGAAGAAGCAUAACGCCGCCCGGUCCAGCCGCCUACCCGUGGGUGAAUCUUUAGGAUCAGCGCAGAGUGCAACGCGAGGAAAUGCAGAAGGGGUGGCAGGGCGAUCCACCCAGUCGAAGCGAAAAACGGAAAUCGACAAAAUUUUUGUUUUCCUAAAAUAUAUUUUCUACUCCUUUAAGCAUAGAGCCAUCUUGAGGAACGAUUACGAGUUCGCCUUUUUCUUUCUGGUGAUCUUUUACAGGUACAUGCACAUUAACCUGCUGCACUUUAUUUCCAUUUUGGGCGACUUUUAUAACCUGUUGCCGAGGCAGAUAGUGGAGGGCCCCGCUGAAGGAGGGACCGCCCCCCCGGGGGGGGAGCUCUUCGAUCUGGGCGAGCUGUUUCGAAGCGGGGAGGGCAGCGGUAAAGCGGUAAUUUACGACGAACAUUUGAGCCGCAUUGUGGGGGGGGAAUUAGAAGGCGCCGCGGGGGAGAGGCCACCAGUCGAAGCUGCCCCACUGGUGAGCGCACCUGUCGAGGCUGCCCCACUGGUGAGUGCACCUGUGGAGCCCCCCCCCCUGGUGGAGAAACUCCUGGACGUCUUCGAAAAGGACCUGAACGCCCUGGAGCUGAUCAAAUAUCUGAAGAAAGACUUCGCGCAGCACGCGGAGGACGAAAUCAGGGUAGACAUCAACAUGAUUGUGAGCUCCCGAAAUAGCAAAACCAAAACGGUACUUAACAUUUUCACCUUGUUCAAGAAGAUAAUGGCCUUUACGCACUACAAAGAUGCAAAUUUCACGAAGAACUGCUUCCAACUUUAUUACAAUUUAUUUUACCGGGUGGAUGUGCACACCUUCUUCCUCAUCCUCUUCUACAUCAUCCUCUUUCACUCCAACGAUUUUGGGUACCUAGCCAAUUUUCUGAGGUUCUUCCGGAGGGAUUACGGGGAAAGCGGUGGGGAGGGGCAGCCUCGCGGGCAUGGGCCGCUCCCUGGGCAUGGGCCGCUUCAUGGGCAUGGGCCGCUUCAUGGGCAUGGGCCGCUCCCUGGGCAUGGGCCGCUCCCUGGGCAUGGGCCGCUCCCUGGGCAUGGGCCGCUCCCUGGGCAUGGGCCGCUCCCUGGGGAGAGGCCGCUCCCUGGGGAGAGGUCGGAUGAGUGCAUAAAUUACCUCCUCCGGAGCAGGGCAAAAAUGGUGACGAUUAACGAAAACUUCGAGCACCUCUACAAAUUUGCGAAGCAGAUAUACUCCAGGGGAGGGGGCGGGUUCCUAUCCCACUUGGCCGACCAGAGUGAAGACCUCCUGGCCAACUUAAAAUUGCUAAAGUACAUGCAGACGUUCGCCAAUCGAAAGGGAGAAAGCGAAAAAGAAAGUGGCCCGCCCUCCAUGAGUCAGUACGUGCCCACACAGCUUACACACAAAAGGGAAUACAACGAAGAUAUAUAUAAAUCCUUUUCCAAGCUAAUUUCGCAGUCGUAUGAAAGGAUUUCCCCGAACGAUGUAAGCCCUGAGGAGGGGGCAAAGGACAACAGGGGGAAGAACAAAAGGGGGAGAAGUACCUAUCAGCCCCCUUUCUACAAGAACAUCCUUUACGACUCCUAUGUCAAGAUAGCCAUCGAAAAAAAUAAAUUCCUAAUUUUCAAAAAUGUAAUGCAGAACGAUCUCACAAUUUGCUACAGCAGAAGGAGGACCAUCCAGUUGAUUAAACUGCUCCAUUUGGAAAGGGAGCACCUUAGGGAUUCUCUCCUCUUCGUUAUAUGCACCUUACAUCUACAUCGGAAGGUAAAGGUCCUUCCCUUUUACCUGAUUCUCUUUCUCAUUUUAUUUCAAAACGAUCAAUUGGCGAACGACCAAAAGGAGGCUCUACAUAAGGCAAUCAGGUACUACGUGGAGUGCUCGAACCGAUCUGCCAGCUACGUUUAUAACUUCGGCAUGUCCCUCGUUUGUUACUUUUCUUUAAACCAUCCCGAGUGCAUUCCCCAGCUGUAUAAAUGCAUUGUCGCCAAAAGGGAGCACUUCAAUUCGGAGCGGAGACCCCCAAAGGGACAGAGUGGCAACGAGAACGACAUGCAUGAUGGCUUCCUCACCGUGUGUGACUUUCUACAAGAUAGUAAAAUUAAGGCGCACAGGAUAAGUGGUGGGGAUGCCAGGAGGCAGGGGGGGAGCGAUAGCCAUAGGAAUUACCACCCGGGUGUUGCUCAGCAGGGGGAAUCCCCCAAAAGUGAUCAAACAAGCGGGGAUAUAAGCGAACAUGCAAGAGAACAUCCCCAUUUGGGACCAUCGCAAAACGGUGAUGUGGGAGAGACGAAUCCGAUUGCGAAGGCAUUCUGUAAACUUACGGAGACGGCGGAGGCUUCAAAGGGGGGACUCCCCAGCGAAAGGCACGCCAAACUCCCUCUAGGGGAAAUUCUACACGUGACCGGGGAGGAGCCCAUGGAUUCAUACGAGCACACCUUUGAUGGGGAAGACCAUCUCGGCGAAGUGGAACUUCAAGAAGAAAUGGAAAUGUGCCAGUGGGGGGAGAAGUACCCCCUUGAGAAUCAAAUCGACGAGUGCGACGACGCGUGCGAUGACGCGUGGGGGAAGAGCCCCGGAGAGAACCGCCCACCUAGGGGGGAAGCCAACCAGAGCGAUAAGGAGUCGGACCAACUGGAGGGCAUCCUCACGGGCACCGAUUUUGAGGAAAUGGGGGCAUCGUCUGGGGAAUCGGCCAGCGAAGGGGGGGGAGCGCAAAAGGGGAGUGACACGAGUGAAGCGAGUGAAGUGGAUGCAGCAGACGACGCGGAUGAAACUGGUGAAGCGGAGCACCCCGCACAGGUGACCCCCCCAAACGGGGGCAGCAGCGAGGAGGGCGAGGAAGAAGGGGACUUCCCCGCAAAUCACAUCGCCUGGUACACCCAACGGAAAGGAAGCAGAAGUGCCCCCAGUAGGAACGCCCUUACGUAUCUGCUAAAAGAGGCUCGCAGCAGGAUUAACAAACACAACGUGAGCAAGUGGGACGUGGGUUGCAUCACCAGAACGGUGGGCGCGGUGAAGAGGGCCCUAAAGAGGAACGAAAAUAAACUGAAGGGAAUGGAAAACACUUUACAUGUGCACCAUUUCAACAAGAAAGUGCAGCAAAAUCAGCGGAAAAAACACAUCACUCAUAAGAGAAGCGUAUACAGUUCCCUCCUGAGCAGCGACCUCUACUUUGCAUUUCUGCACCUUCUAGAAGUGGAGGAUUACCCCUUUAUCUACACCUUCGUGAAGAGGAUCCUUUUGAAUAAUUCAAUAACGAUUUACAAAAAAAUGGCCAUCGUUGAGAGGCUACUUCUAAGCAUGUACUCCUUUCAUGCACAGAUGGGAGAAGAAGCGGAGGGGCUCCAUCUCCAAGUCUCAACAGAUAUGCCCCCAUUUUUAAAAAAAAUUUUUAACCUGCUGGUGAUUACGAAGUAUUUGCUGCUCCAGUUGAAGGUCAACAGGUUAUACAAAAUCGAUUUGCAAAAAAUUUUCGUCGAGGAUGGCUAUAAAAAAGUGCUAGUGGAAAAAUUCGACAAAGAAAGGUGCGAAAAAAUUUUGCAAGUUUUGCUUAAAAUGGGAGACAUUUCGAGGGUGCCGCUUCUAAAUAUGCACCUCCGUGUGAGGAAAAAAGGACACACCGUUGUGUAUGACUUGGGGUGGCCGGAUGGACCCAAGGAAAGGGGCAACUUGGUGGAGGGCAGCUUCGUGCAAGGUAGCUUCAUGCAGGGUAGCAUAUUGCAAGGUAGCAUACUGCCGAAGCACCUCAGCGAGAACGUGGCGGAAAACCCCAGUGACCAUAAGCGCCUGCAGUUUCUCUUCGAAAUUGAGGUGGAAAAGCAAAUGCUUAUGCACUUCCAGAGGAGUGAAAAGAACGCCUUACUGAUUUAUAUCGCCACCCAUUUGAAGUACCUCCAUUUUAACCUCCAUUUUGUGAGGAAAAUUAUCUUCUACAUGUACGAAAUGUGUUUGUAUUUCCUCUGCCCGGCUACCUACUUUUUGAGGACUUCCUUUUAUGACUUCUGCAUGGGAAACCUGUUCUCCUCCCUGUCGCGCAUCUUGAAGAGGCUAUCUCGCACGGAGGUGGUAGCGAAAUUGCUCGGCCUCCGUUAUGUGUGGAUUUGUCUUGGAGAAGUCACCGCAGAUGUGGGGGGAGACCCCCCGCAGAGCAUCGAAGAAGGGGAACCAAGAGAAGGUCUCUCCAAAAUGGAAGCAAUAAAAAUAUUAUACGCUUCAAAAAUUUUAAACCCUUUCAAUUUUCACCUCAAGCAAGUACAAGCGGAGAACCCCCCCUUUGACCAACUCAUUUGCGACCACGUGGGGGAUUCACAAAAGGAAGUUCAAACGUAUAAGUUAGGAAAGGAGGGAGCGUACCAUAUGGUAACUCACCUGUGGAGUAAAUUUGACAUCCAGCCGCAACUACACGAUUUGAGUUUCCUUCUGAAGGGGCUGAACAUUCAGUUGGACCCAUUUUACUAUGCGAAUGAGGAGAGCCACCAAUUGAUUAAGGACCUCUUCGACGUUAACGAGGACGACUAUGUUAAGCACUCCCUCCUGAUUACCCUACUGAAGAGAGAUUUUACACACCCAUUUGAAAUUAAAAAUUUGGAGAACAAUUUGUCCCAUUUCUUCCACGCCAAUGAGAAGCACCACAAGUGCUUCAUAAAUUUUUACCUCUACCGUAGUGCACUAAAAUUAGGCAAUUUAGAAAAGGUGUCGACACUAUUAACGCACCUUCUGAAGUGCCCUCUAAAGGACUUCUGCAGAAACGUUGAAUUCGACUUCACCAAGUGGAUGCUCCUACGAAGAAAGCAGAUGGAGAAGUUUUUGCACUUUUACAAUGUGAUGGGCAGACUUGGGAUGGACCACCCCGGGGUCGUAGUCAAACUGGUUGCCGAUCAUUUGUACCGAGUUGACUACCUUUUGUUCCUCCACCUGGUGCACUUCGAUGGGGAGGGAGACCCGUCCACAGCUAGAAAGCACAUCCUCCUCAAGCUGCUCAUGGUGCUCUUCUUCACAUCGCGAAGAAAUGCAGACGCUGACUUUUCAGUGAACGAUUUUUUCCACUUUUGCGCGGUUCACUCCCCGGGGGGAGGGGACUUACCCUCGUGGGAAUGCUACCCCCCAGGGGAUAUAACCCUCGAGGGGGAAUUCUGCAGGGGUGAUCAGGGGGAAGCGGCCAGUGAGAGGGUGAGCCAAGUUAGCCAAGUCGGCGAAGCGGAAGGCCCCACAGUGCUCGCCACCCGCAGCGGCAGCUCCGUGGAGACAGACGACGAGCUGUACAUUGACAAGCGCAUGGAGGUGCUCGAUGAGGAGGGCCACAGCUUUGCAGACAGAGAGGACGCCCAGAUGGGUGAAGCGGAGCCACACUUUGACGAGAGUUCCCCCGUUGUGGGUACCCCCCUGCUAAGUAUGAAUGAGGAAGGAGAGUCGUCAGGCGAGCCCUACGAGUACACGGACCAAGAAAAGAGCCUCAUCGCGGAUAUAAACAAUUUUUUCCAAAAUGAUCGCGCUGUUGGCGGAGUGGGUGACGGCGAGGCGCCACGCGGAAGAGACAUCCACGUCGACCUGGACGAGAGAAGAAUUGGCCAAAUUGAAAAGAGGGGCAACGGGGAAAAGGGCGGUCAAGGCGGUCAGGGCGGUCAGGGCGGUCAGGGCGAUCAGGGCGGUCAAGGCGAUCAGGGCGGUCAAGGCGAUCAGGGCGGUCAAGGCGAUCAGGGCGAUCAGGGCGGUCAAGGCGAUCAGGGCGGUCAGGGCGGUCAAGGCGGUCAAGACGGGCUGGUCGGUCAGGGCGGUCAAGGCGGUCAGGGCGGUCAGGGCGGUCGCUUCCGCCGCUUCGACCAGCACGACAUGCACAACGCGGUGGCCUCCUUCUGCCGCCAACGCAUAACCCUCCAGCAGGUAAUCAAACGGGUUGUGAAGAACGAACUGAAGGCAAUUUUGUUCCUUCGCUUUUCCAGCAGAGUAACCGUGUUCGGCCUGUAUGAUAAGGCAAAGCAGGUUGACCACUUUCUCCGCAGCCUGGGCGGACGCAACGUCUUCUUCUCCCUCGAGAUGAUGGCCAUGCUGCUGUGGAGGAGCAAAAGGAGGAGGUCCAGGAACGGGUUCAUUUUUCACUUCUUUGCGCUUCUGCACGCUUUGCACUUCCUCCGGGGGGGUGGCAGUGGCCAUCACAGUGAGCAGCAUGGUAAGAAGCAUAAUGAGCAGCGUAAUGAGCAGCAUGGCAAGCAGCUUGGUGAACAGCGUAAUGAACCGGCGGAGCGCAACUUCCCCAACCAGGACGACCGCGUGGAGAACAAGGAGGGCCUCCUCCAAAGCCUGACGGUCCUCCUCCUCAUCAACCUCACGAAUACAUUCCUGCCAUCGGUGAACAGACUCUACCUGUUGGAAGAGAAGCAACACCUUCUGUUUGACCAGGAGAAGCAGCAGAUAAGCGCCAAGCAAGAUGUGGCCAAUUUUGUCCUUAUAAUUCUUAACCUAGUCGAAGAGACCUACGUUAAGGGUUAUGAAUUUGUUUAUUUGAGUCUCCUCCUCUUGAUGGAGCACGUGGUGGAGCUCUUAUGUGACGACAGCGAUGUGGUAGUCCCCCCCACCAUGGCGCACAUCUUCAAGUGUAAAAAGGUGCAAACGAUGCUGGACGGUUAUGCGAAGGGGUGCUGCCCCCCUGCGGGGUACGGCAAAGCGGGGGAGACGCAGAUGGGGGGAAAGAGAAAUACCCUCGCCGGCCUCCUCACCCAACAGUCGUACGACCGCAUUAGAAGCACGAUGAGCCACAUUUACCUGAAGCUCCUUUCCACCUGCGACAAGUCCAUUGUCCUAGUCUGCAAAAUCAUCAUAGGGAACCGAAUCAGCGUGGAGGACGAAAAGGAGUUAUUUAAAAAGGUGAGGAGCACCAUACUACUCUUCUUCACAUCAAAUUAUUCCCAAAUAAAGGCGAACAAAGAGACGCUACUCCUGCAGAACAAUCCUAAGGGCAAACUGAAGAGAGACAGAAGCGAUUUGUUUCAAACGAAAAUUGCUGCCUUCAUAAAGGUCCUCCUGGUGAUAAUGCACUACAACGUUCAUUCGUUUAAAAAUUGGGAAUACUACGAAACCAUCAAGCAGAUAGUCACCGAUGGGGAGUGGUUCCGCAUCUUCGACGCCAAGUACGCGAGGGAGUCGGUCGAGAUGAACUUCCUCUGCAAGAGGUACACCCGAAGGGGGGGACACCCCCACAACGCGCAGGGAGGAGGGCAUCUCGGUGUACAUAUCAAUGAGGGGCUCAAUGAGCAGCUCAGUGGGGGCCUCGCUGCACAGCUGAGUGCUGGCCUCGCUGCCCCCGUGGAGGACGCCCCCAACGAGGGUGCUAGCGAUAGUGCAGAGGCUGCACAUCCGGCAGUCCACCACCGCGAAACGGCGCAGCCGAUAGAAGAGGAGGAUGACGAAGUAGCCCAGGUGGAAGACCCACACGAUUGGGACUCCUCCGAUGGCAGCUGUGCGGAAGUGAACAAAACGAUGCGGUUUUUUUUGCAAAGCUGCAGAGAGGCGGAGGAGGAACGUUCCACGCAGAGGGACGUCGACUCGGGGGAUACCCCUAAUUUGCUAAGUUCGAAUGAAGUGGUGCAGGGCAGUUCCCCGUGGAGCGGGGCACCCCCGGAUGGCGGCAGUGACCACCCCGUGGGGGGAGAACAGAGUAAGCGCGGUGACAAAUUGGAGAUAAAGGGAGUGAUCCCCGGAGUGGCCCACACCGCAGUGGAGGGGCUGUUACACGAAGAGGACCCCCAUGAGGAAGACCCCCAGGAGAACUUCCAGGAAGACGACCCCCAAGAGAACUUCCAUGAGGAGAACCCCCUGGAGGAGGACCCCUUCCAGUUUAACACCUCCAAAGUGCGCGAAACCAUCCUGAACGACUACGGGAAAGGCUUCCUCUCCAAGUACAUAAACAGGCUGGCCACGAAAAAGGAGUGCGAAGAGAGGCUGAAGCACGUGGGGAGGAAGUCCCAAAUGAUGAACCUAGUAAAGUACGCAGCGUACAUCCUACGAUACUGGAACAUCGAAAUAGAGGAGUUGCAGAAAGGAGAAAGAGAAGAAGGAUUUCAAAUUUUAAUUUUUUUUGCAAAUCAUUUUCAUUUUUUUGAGAAUUUAAUAAAAUAUAAAAUUAUUCUUAAGCUGUAUAUGAAGAACGAGCUCAGCCUGGCAGACGAACUCCUGGGGCAGAAGAGUAGGAUGUGGUCUUGGUACCGAAAUGACAUCAAAAUAAAGAGCUCCAUUGAGGAUUACCUCCUGAGGGAUAUAUGCUACACUGACUUCUUCACCGCCAGGGGGGGUAACGAGACGUUUCUGCGCUCAUUUAGCCAGGUGUUAAGAAGGGGCCACUGGACUCACUGCACUAGUGGUCCGCUUUCCCGGCAAGAGGGGGACCCCCCCACCAGCUGCUUCUACUUAGGCAAUUACCACAACAAUAGGGUUAACGGGGCAUUUCUCAAAAGCAUAUACAUGCAGCAUUACGCCUUUAGGAAGUACUGCAGAGAGGCGGGGGGUGGAAGACACUUGGGGGAAUAUCUCCCCAGGGAAAUGCACCUCAGCAGGGGAGCCACUACCCACUCGGGGAAACACACAACUAAAGGAGGGGAAACAACACAUAAUCAGCCAAGUCAUACGCACCACUCGCAUAAUGUGCAUGGUUACUCCCCCCAAGAGGAGUCCCCAACGAAACAAAGCACCAACCACUUCCCCCUGUUCUUCCUCUCCCUCAUGGACCUAUACGCACGCACCGCAGACGUUUACGAUUUUUACCUCCAGGGAGUUAUCUUCAAGUUAAUGAAAGAGGAGGAGCUACACCUCACCAAAGCGAAACAGUACCAGGAAGAUUUACAAGCAUAUCUCCAGAACAUGCUAAACCAGUAUGACCUAUAUUUGAUGCUUCUGCACUAUCAGCUGUUUACCUUCCAGUCCAUUUGCUGCUCCAACACGAGCACGAAUUUUCUGAAUCGGCGCGAGCAGAAGCUGGUUCUCUACCUCUGGGUGAGGCUCACCCAGGACCUCAUGAAGAAGUACCGGUCCAACAUCAACCCAGCCAAUGCCUUCCUCUGA